CGGGAAUAAAACAAUCCAGUGCCAUAGAAAAUUGAGCCAGUCAUCUUAUCUUCCUUAUCGAAGGCCUCUCUCUCACACUACAUUAAAAAGCUAUUGCCAAACUUAAUUAUGGAUUCUUACAUGACAGCAUGUUCAAGCAUCAUAAUAGCUUGUUUACUAGCAAUUACACUUCAAAUCAUCUUCUUCUCGCCAAUCUCCCCCAACCUACUCCAACUGCCCCCGGCCUCUUCAGCUUCUAUCUUUACCCCAAACAACCAGUUACAGAAAGUGAUAAAACUUGGAGAAGGAUUGUUGAAGGACCCGGAAGACGUUUGUGUGGACAACAUGGGUGUUCUCUAUACUGCUACAAGAGAUGGUUGGAUUAAAAGAUUGCAUAAAAAUGGAUCCUGGGAGAACUGGAGGAUGAUCGGGGGUGAUACUCUACUUGGAAUCACAGUGUCUAGAACGGGUGAUCUCAUAGUUUGCGACACUGAAAAGGGUUUGUUGAAGGUUGGAGAAGAAGGCGUUUCUGUUCUUGCAUCAGCAUAUGCUAAUGGUGAUAAAAUAAGGUUUGCGGAUGAUGUUAUCGAAGCAGUGGAUGGUAGUUUGUACUUCAGCGUCGCAAGCACCAAAUUUGGACUCCAUGAAUGGUACCUUGACGUGUUAGAGGCAAGACCUCACGGGCAGCUUCUCAAAUAUGACCCAUCAUUGAACCAGACAUCAAUACUGCUUGAUAACCUUUGCUUUGCAAAUGGUGUUGCGCUAUCCCCAAACCAAGAUUUUCUAGUCGUCUGCGAGACAUGGAAACAUAGAUGCCUGAAGUAUUGGCUGAAGGGGGAAACAAAAGGACAAACGGAGAUUUUCAUUGAUAACCUUCCUGGGGCGCCUGACAAUAUCAAUCUGGCUCCAGAUGGAUCCUUCUGGAUAGCGCUGCUUCAACUUUCUUCUAGUGGGCUGGAAUUUGUUCACACUUCCAAGGUCUCAAAACACCUGGUAGCAACGUUCCCAAAACUGAUUGAGCAAGUCAAUGGCGUCCGAAGAAAAGCAAUGGUAAUAAAUGUGGCACCUCAUGGCAAAAUAAUAAGGAAAUUUGAUGAUCCUACUGGAAAGGUGAUGUCCAUGGUGACUUCUGCCCUAGAGUUUGAUGACCAUCUCUACCUGGGAAGCCUAAACUCCGGCUUCAUUGGAAAACUACCAUUGAAAAAAAGCAUAGUAAAUUGAAGUAGGGUGGAGACAGAGAGACAAAAUGGGGAAAAUGUGAUUGUAAUAGGUCUAAUGUACGAGUAUGCACCUUGUCUGGUGUGUUAAUUGCUCGUCUUAUCCGCAUGAUUUCUAUGAUACUUC